GUCCAUUUGGCGCAGUGACGUCCCGUCUCCUCUUCCAGUGAGCAACGAAGACAUCUCGACUUUCCUAAAAAGGUGCAGUGGGGGUGCUGGAUGGCCUUAGCAGUGCUUACUUCAUUUCGAAAUAGAAAUGGGCAUUUCCAGUCAUGAACCACAGCACCAUUCUCACCCGUUUGACAGCGGCUCGAAAAUGGAGGAAACUCGAGCAAUUCUGGCCCGUGAUGAGAUCAUUGAGCGAUCGUCAUCAGACUAUGAUAAAGAGAGUAAAGUCUGGUCUGCGCACAAAAACAAACAUCCGCAACUCGUAGCACGGCCGAAGUCAAUCGAAUCGCUGUCUCGCCUGUUAAAGCUUUUGAACAAGACUGAUAUCGACUUCGAUGUACGGUGCGGUGGCUGCGGAUCUGCUUCUGCUAGUGGGGUGCUGAUCAGCAUGUCUGCAUUUGAUGGAUUCGAGUUCAGUAAGGAGGAGGAGACGGUUAUUAUUGGCGCAGGACAGUUAUGGCGUCACGUGGACGCGAAAGUUGAAGAAUUUGCCCCCGGGUACUCCGUCCCUGGGGCGAGAUGCCCCUAUGUCGGCGUCGGUGGAGGUACGCUGCAAGGAGGAGUUUCGUGGAUGUCUUCAGAAUUCGGAUUAACAUCUGACCCUCAGAACAUGCUGGAUGCGCAGGUUGUCAAGAUGAACGGGGACGUAUUGUGGGCCUCACAGGAUCCUGAGCUGCUAUGGGCUCUUCGAGGUGGCGGUGGAAGGUUCGGAGUGGUGACAGCUCUGAAACUGAAAGCGUACAAGUACCCGAAAACAGUGUACAGCGGAAUGAUUCUUUAUCCUCGAGAAGCACUUUCUGCACUGGCAAAAGCCGUCCCUGCGUUUGCGGAUCGAAACACGGAUCCAAAGAUAGCAGUCCAUUUCUACUGCCUCGACAUGACGCAAGGCGCGUUUGUCGGGAAGCCUUCUGUCCCAGGACUAGGGCUUCUCGUGUACGAUGCCCACGGAGAGGAACAUGGUCGAAGCGAACAGGGAUUCAAGUGGGCUCUCGACAUUCCGGGUGCAACGGAUACUACUGCAGCAAUGAGUUAUAGACAGGUGAAUGCUCUUAGUGAUAGUAUUGAAGCGAUACGAGGAGAAACAAACCAGAUGAUGACCGGAGUUGUCGUUCCUAUCGUAACGGAAGAUCUGAUUUUGCGAACCUGGAAGUGGUUCGAUGAGACUCUGGUGUGGGAGCCGAAACUGAAUGCGGGCACCUUUGUUCUGAUCGAGAUUAUGCAGAGCAAUGCCUUCAAUACUGUGAAGUCGCGCUCUGCUACAGGAUGGCCACGUCCAGAUGGCCGCCACAUCUUGCAACUUGGUUGUGGAGCUCUCAACAGAGAGUGCACCGAAGAAUUGCACAGGAAGGCGAUUAAAGCACUCGCAGAGGGGGCGGAGCAGAUUUUAGAUCGAUAUUCCGUCAGCGAUUGCCUUCCAAGGGAUUUCGAAGAGUUUCAUGAUCCAGUCGAGAUGUUUGGAGAGAAUGUCGAGAAAUUAAGGGCAAUCAAGAAGCGUGUUGAUCCGAAGAACAGACUGAAAGGGGCGUAUUCAAUCUAGAGAGACGGAGAAUUGGGUGACACUAUUACCUUUGCAGUUAAAUUAUUUAAGGGAAAACCUUCGCUACAGGUGCACGCGCGAACGGCCAAUCGCCUGCCGACGUUGUAUGUCGACAGCUCUUUACGGUAAUUUACUUAUGUCACGUUGCUAGCUAGCUUCUUCAUCGCAUUACCGUCGGAUGAUGGAUGAAAUAUUAAAG